AUUGUCAUCAACGAGAAUUGAACCCUAGACCCCGAUCCCAGCCGUUAUCCGACUUCGCUGCCUCAAACAUCCAUCCAACGAACCACCCUCCUUCACCCGCCAAAACGACGAGAACGAGGAGGAGGACCACCACACACACUCUCUCUCUCCAUGACUGAGCUCUUCUGCUCAUUUUUCUGCUACAACACACGCUCCCAAUGGACUCGAUCACAUCCUCAGCGCUAGAGGAGAUAUGCGUUUCCGGCCCUUCCGGUCUCCCUCUCGCCGAACUCUGGCCCAAGCUCCGCCCAUCCGUUUCCUCCGCUGGCCUUGACUUUAGCUCCGGGGUCAAAGGCGCUCUCUGGUCCAGCCUCCUCCGCGUCCCCGCCCUCCAGUUUGCUGCUCGCGGUGUUUGCUAUAGCGGCGGAGACCCUGCGGUUCAGCGUCUCGAAGAGGCGGAGAGGUUGGGGUUGAGCAUUGUCGCCGCCGACCACCUUAGGGAUAGCUUCCUUGGGCUUUAUGAUCUGCGGGCUGCUGAUGCUGGCAUUUGUCAGUCUCAGCGCUCUGCGCUCGGGCUUCUCGCCUCUGCUAGAACCAAUGGAAUAACUCAAAGUCAACUUGCUAAAGAACUUGGCAAGAAUGCAAACAACAUGUUCUUUGUUGUGAGGAACCUUGAAUGCCAAGGUUUGGUGACUAGACAUUCAACAGUCAUGAGAACCAAAAAAGCUUGCAGUGAAGGGGAGUCUAACAAUAGCUCAGCUGUGACUACAAAUAUGAUCUACUUAUGUCGUUAUGCGAAACAUUUGGGCUCACAACAGAGGCUUGAAAUUACAAAAGAGGAUAAAAGUUUGGACAGUCUUGAGGAUGUGGGUAGAAGUGCUAUGGCUGGAGAUGGUGCUGCAGGAGAGUGUGUCAAAGAUGAAGUGCUUAUAAAUGAUUAUCUGCCUGCACUGAAAGCUAUAUGUGAUAAACUCGAAGCAGCCAAUGGCAAGGUUCUUGUCAUCUCAGAUAUUAAAAGAGAUCUUGGUUUUCGAGAAACACGUGGGCAUAGACGUUGGAGACAUAUUUGUAAGAAGUUGAAAGAUGCUGGUGUUGUGGAAGAAUUUUGUGCAAAAGUGGACGAAAAGGAAGUUAGCUGCCUACGUUUGGUGAAACAGUUUUCGACAAAGUAUUUUGAGCAAAAAAAUCUUGGAUGUGGAGAUGAUAAUUUUGAAGAAUAUUCAGCGAAGUUUGGGAAGAAAGGUCAAAUAACCGAUCAGCUUGUAGAGCUUCCAAUUGAGCAUCAAAUUUAUGACAUGAUUGAUGCCAAAGGACGAGAGGGCUUAACUGUUGUCGAGGUGUGCAGGAGGCUUGGAAUUAGCAACAAAAAGUAUAAUACUCGUCUUCGUAACAUGUUUGAGAGGUUUGGGGUGCAUCAGCAAUUUGAAAACUGUAACAAGAGCAAGGCAUAUCGAGUCUGGACGCGUGGGAAUUUUAAUCCUGAAUCACAUAAUGCUUUUCCUUGCAUAUCUGAAAAUCUAUGUAAUAAUGAUGGCGUUUCUACUCCACAUGUUGAGGGUCUAGCUUUUUAUGAAAAGUCAGCUCAAACCAUUCUUCCAUCGAACUCUUCAGCUUCCACAGAUGAUAUUGCAACCUCUGUAGAAAUCAAGAAUGGGGACAUUGAUGAAGAAUUUUCUUGUUGCCCCCAAGAAGAUGUUGAGUGUAUCCAUAUGCUUCCUUCUCCAAGCAUUCAGCAAGAGUUAGUUCAUGAAGUGGGAGGUACAGGUCCCAAUGCCAAACUUGGUUUAGUGAGUAUUGCAACUGAAUCGAUUGAUGCUCUAUUAGAAACAUCACCUUCUUCUUUGGCAAAGUCACUGAAAUGUCAAUCAUAUCAGAAGAAUUCAAGUCAUAUUUUGACUGCAGACAGCAUUCAGCGGGAGCAGAGAAUACUUGAGUUAUUACAGGAGAAGAAAUUUGUUUUGAGAGCUGAGCUACACAGGUGGCUUGAGAGUCUUGAGCAGGACAAGGACACAGCAAUGGACAGAAAAACACUUAUCCGUGUCUUGAAGAGGCUUCAAGAACAAGGGCACUGUAGAUGUAUUGAUAUUAGUGUCCCCCUCCUCACAAAUUGCCAUCGUAGCCGUAUUCAAACAGUGAUUCUACAUCCAUCUAUUCAAGGUUUACCUCCCGAGCUAUUAGGUCAACUUCAUGAUAGAAUCAGGUCUUUUGACAUGGAAGUCCGUCGUGAAGGCUCAUCUAGGUUGAAGAGGGAACUACCAGUUCCUGUACUAAAUGAUGUCCAGAGAACUUCAAGCCGUGUAAAUUCAGAUGCUCAAGCUUUAAAGUCAGAAAUCAUGCGUGCUAAUGGAUUUGUAAAGGCAAAAAUGGUUCGUGCAAAGAUGCUGCAUAGUUUUUUAUGGGAGUAUGUGAAUAGUUUACCUGAUUGGGAUGAUGUGUUUUCCUUGGGGAGAGAUGCGUGUAACGAAAACCCUCACAGCACUUGCAAGUUGUUUGCUCUAGAUGUAGCUAUUAGGGCAAUCCCAUUUGAGUUGUUCUUACAGAUUGUGGGAUCCAGUCAGCAAUUUGAUGACCUGAUUGAGAAGUGUAAGAGUGGUUUGCGUCUCUCUGAUCUUCCAACUCAAGAAUAUAGGCGGCUGAUGGACACCCAGGCAACGGGACGCCUCUCAUGGAUUAUAGACAUUUUACGGAGGUUGAAGUUGAUUCGGCUGGUAAGUGAUGGUCAUUUGGAAGAUGGAUCUGAGGUCCCACAUGCCACACUUAAACAUGCUAUGGAGCUUAAACCUUAUAUUGAGGAGCCACUGUCAAUUGUUGCUUCAUCUUCAAAUUUUAUGUCUCUCGAUCUUCGCCCAAGGAAAAGACAUGAUUUUAUCCUUUCAAAUAGAAAAGCUGUUGAUGUAUAUUGGAAUACUUUGGAAUAUUGUUAUUCUUCUGCUGUUCCUACAGCUGCGUUGCAUGCAUUUCCGGGAUCUGCUGUCCAUGAGGUCUUUUUUCACCGGUCAUGGGCUUCAGUUCGGGUUAUGUCAGCUGAUCAGCGUGGUGAGCUCCUUAAGCGUAUAGUAAAUGAUGAUCCAGAUAAAAAACUUUCAUUCCUAGAGUGUCAGAAGAUUGCAAAAGAUCUUAAUCUGACCUUAGAGCAGGUGCUUUGUUUCUAUCAUGAUAAGAGGCAACAGCGCCUUAACAGAUUUCGGGGAGGUUUACAUGCCAAAAACGGUGAGUUUCAAUUGCUGAAAAAUGAACAUCCUUCAUCUUCUAGGAAAAGAAAACGAUCUUCAGGAAGACAGCCAUUGAAGCAUAUAGAAGUUGACUCUGAAGCUGGGCAGUUGGGAGAGCAUGACAAUAAUUUGCCAUUGUAUCAUGAAGAAGAUCAUGUAGAGGAUACAGAAGAGCCAGCAUCACAUGAAGGAGAUGAAGUGCAUUUUUCUUUCAUUAGUCAGUGUGCCUUUUCAAGGAUGAAGCCGAUGCGACAAAAAAAGUUCCUGUGGACGGAGGAAGCAGAUAGGCAAUUAGUGAUCCAAUAUGCAAGGCAUCGUGCAGCCCUUGGGACUAAAUUCCAUCGGAUAGAGUGGGCUUCCCUUCAUGAUCUUCCUGCACUCCCAAGUGCCUGCAGAAGAAGAAUGCAGCUAUUGAACAGUAAUAUGAAAUUUAAGAAAGCUGUAAUGAGGCUAUGUAAUAUGCUUAGUGAACGGUAUGUCAAACAGCUGGACAAAACCCAGAAAAGACUUCCAAACAAUUCUGACUUCAGGUUGAUGACUCAAGGUUCAUCAGGGGAAUGUCUUAACAGGAAGUUCUUUGAUAGUGUUGAACAUAAUCUGGAGUCAGAUUUUGAGCAAGAGGUAUGGGAUGAUUUUGACAAUAAAAGUAUUAAGAUAGUCCUUGAUGAAGUUCUUCAAUACAAGAAGAUUGCAAAAUUGGAGGCGUCUAAACGAAUUGGAUGUACAUCUGAGGAGUGGUCAGAUCUAAAUGUGGAUGCUGAAGAAUGUGAUCCCCAGGGUACACUGCUAGGUUCCCCAACCACUCCUGGUGAGGAUACUCAGAAACAUUGCAGGGAACGAUUUAAUCAUUCUAGUCGAAGAUCAAGAUGUCAUCGUGUACCUCGAAAGUUCAUCAAACUUUUGAAAGAAGGGACAAGUGUUGAUAUACAAGUGUUUGAAUCAUUGGCAGUUUCCAAUGCUGUAGAACUAUUUAAGCUCGUCUUUCUCAGCACCUCAACAGCACCAGAGGUGCCAUACUUGUUGGCAGAAACUCUUCGGAGGUAUUCAGAACAUGAUCUUUUUGCAGCCUUCAACUACCUCAGAGCAAAGAAAAUGAUGGUUGCAGGUAAUGGCAGUCAUCCUUUUGUUCUUUCUCAACAGUUUCUGCAAAGUGUUUCUUCGUCUCCAUUUCCGACAAAUACUGGAAAGAGAGCUGCUAAGUUUUCUAGUUGGCUACAUGAAAGAGAGAAAGAUACGAUGGAAGAGGGCAUUAAUCUUACUGCAGAUUUGCAGUGUGGGGACAUUUUCCAUUUGUUUGCUCUAGUUUCUUUGGGAGAACUGUCCAUUAUGCCAUCCUUGCCUGACGAUGGUGUUGGAGAGGCCGAGGAUUCGAGAAGCUUAAAACGUAAGGCUGAGGACAAUGAGUUUUGCAAUGACGAGCAGCCUAAAAAACCAAAAUCUUUGGGGAUUGAAGGCGAGAUUAAAUCUCGCAAAGCAAAAGGUUUUCCUGGAAUCAUGAUAUCCUUGAGUCGUAAAAUGAUUUCAACAGACAAUGCUUUAGAAAUUUUUAGAGAUGGGGAUAUUCGUACAGGUUUGGUUCCCUUUGAUGAGAAUGAUCAAUUGAACACUGCCUGGGGUCAGAUAACUGGAAGCAGUCCAUGUCAUUCUGACCAUAUGGAGGACAUUCUUGACUAUGACACUGGUAUUCAUCUAACGGAGGUUUCCAGUGAGUCUUCAUGGGAAGCUAUGACAAGCUAUGCUGAAUGUUUGAUGUCAGAACAUCCUGAUAAAGAACAGAUAAUUCCCUUCUAUCCUGAGCACUUUAGGACUGCUUAUACAGCCAUUCAUAGGGCUGGUGAUCAAGGUUUGAGCAUGGGAGAAAUUUCUGAAGUUUUGGAGAUGAAAGGAGAAAAAAUGGCUGAACUUAUUGUCGACGUGCUCGAAGUAUUUGGACGAGUUUUGAAGGUGAAUGCUUAUGACUCUGUGCAUGUUGUUGAUGCUUUAUAUCGUAUGAAGUACUUUUUGAUGUCAACAACUGGUUAUAGUCAAGAUAAUCCGACUCCAUCCAUAAAAUCACCUGGAACAAGUAUUGAUCAUCAAUUGAUCCUCCAGCCAAAAAAGCUUGAGACUAACUGUCAGAGGGAAUCAAACAUGAACACUGAUGAUGUGCAUAAAGUUACCAUUCUUAAUCUUCCAGAAGAGGUUGUUCAAUUCUCAAACAAUAUUCAGUCCAUUGAGGAGCUUGAGAGCUGCAGGCUGGGAGGGAAACAUGACGGUGAAACAUUUGAAUUUUCUUCUGCUGAUUCGCAUUUAUGUAGGCCAAUAUUACCAUGGAUAAAUGGAGAUGGGACAAUCAACAAGAUUGUCCAUAAAGGACUUAUGCGCCGCAUUCUUGGUAUCGUGAUGCAAAAUCCUGGGAUAUUAGAGGGUGAUAUAGUUUGCCGAAUGAAUGUAUUGAAUCCUCAGAGCUGCAGAAGACUGUUGGAGUUGAUGAUUUUGGAUAACCACCUGUUCAAGCGGAAGAUGCAUCAAACGACAUCUGAUUCACCUCCCGCCAUAUUGGGGAGCCUUCUUGGGAGCAGCUUCAGGAAGCCCAAGUCAAUUUUCCGUGAACAUUUCUUUGCCAAUCCCAUGAGUACAUUCCAAUUGUAGAGAAAUUUUGGAUUUUAGUUUCUUUCCUUUGGUGGAAGCUUUUGUUGUGAGGGCGCUAAUUUGGAACAAAAAUUUUAUGUUCCCCUUCGGUCCUUCAGGUGGUCUCAGGUCUGUGUAUUAGUGGAAAUAUGAACUGCUUAUGGGUAUGGUGUGUAGGAUUGUAGAAAGGACAACCAAGCGAUUGUAAAGAAUCCUACCAUAAAAGUUGCUUCAAUGUAACAUUAUGCUACCUCAAAUGUGUUAAUAUUUUUUUUCCCUUCCAAA